CCCCACAGUCAAAUCCUAAUCACCCGGGGGCUGAUUAUGUCCUUUUCUUCCCCACCGAGCCUCCCAGGCAUCCUUCAGACCCAAACUGGAGAGAGGGACACGUGCACAGGAGGGGAGCACAGGGUCCCACGGCCUCCCCGAAGCCAUGUACCGGAGCAGCUUCCUUCGCGAAGUGCGCAAGGAGAAAUAUGAGCGUUCUGACGCCUAUGAUGAGCUGCGGGGAACCCCCGAGUUCGACAGCUUGGCCCAGGCCCAGGGCCUGGAGAACCUGCAGGAGCUCAACGAGCGCUUUGCCAGCUACAUCAACCGGGCCCGUGUGCUUGAGCAGCGCAACACCAUCCUGCGGAAGCAGCUGGAGAGUUUCCAGCGCAUGGACGAGCUGGUGGGCUUGGACGAGGCCUUCGCUGGGCAGAUUGAGUUCAACCGCCAGCGUAUGAGGGAGCUGUCAUCCGAUCGAGCCAAGCUGGAGCGUGAGGAGAAGGAUGCCCAGCGCAUGCUUGACGAGUACAGCAACAAGUACAAAAAUGAAUGUGAGUAUCAGCAGAGGCUAAAAGAAACCCUUCAACGUCUUAAUAAGGAAGCCGAUGAAGCUUUGCUGUGCAACCUGGAACUACAGAUUGAAUCCCAGUUCCUGCAAGAUGACAUUAAUGCUACAAAGGAUAGAUACAAGAAGAAUCUUAUGGAAAUUCAGACCUACGUCAAUAUUUUACAGCAGAUUAUCCAGACGACCCCUCGUGUGUCCCCUAUAACUGCUGGCAUAACUGAAGAAAAGCUAAUAGCCGAGAGGAGAAUCCCCAUUCUGCAGAGUCAGCUGGAGGAGUACAAGACCAUUCUUUGCCAAUUACAGACUCAGAAAUACAAGCUGCAGACAGAGACAGCCAUGCUGGAGCAAGUGAUAAAAAACACCCAGGAGAGUUAUGAUGAUGAAAUUCAGCUCUACAAUGAGCAGAUUGAAAAUCUUAGGAAGGGGAUAGAAGAUGCUGAGAGGAUCUUGGAGAAGUACACAACUGACUGUCGGCAGCUGGCAGUCUACCAGCAGUCCCUGGAGAAUGAGUUGGAACGGUACAAACGCAUCAUUGAGACAGAGGACAGCAGGUUAAAUUCUGCCAUAGUGGGAACUCCAGUCACACUCUUCACGCAGAUCUACAGACCUGUCCAGACUCAAGCUCCGAGGGGAAGAGAUAUCACCCAGGCUAUGCAAGAUAUUGCCAGUGCAAAGCCCAGACAAAAAGCUCUGACAAAGAAAAUUUCCAGGAAAAAGGAGAUCACAUCUAAAGAUAUAACUGAUGGUCUCUCACCUGAAAAAAUGCACGAAGGCAUUCUGGAGGGUUUUGAGAAAGAUCAAUUCAAUUUUAAGCAUGAAAGCACAAUCAUAUGUGAACCUGGGCGGGACGAAUUUGAAUCUGUGGAAAAAGAGAAGGUCCCAGAGGAUAUGCCUGAUGGAGCUCAGAUAAGUAAAGCCUUUGAUAAAUUGUGUAACAUUGUGAGGGAGAAAAUAAAAGUCUACAAGAAACCAGAACCUAAACCCGAUUCUUAUGGCAAAGGGCGUUACGUGCUGGUAACAGGGGAAGGGAGUUACAAAGACCCUUGCUUCUUGCCUUCCUCCAUCCCCGCUGGGGCAGGGAUCACUGUUUCCACCAGCAAUGGGAAGGUAACGAUCAGUGGUGAUGUGGCACCAAUACCAGAGCUGCCAGAACCUGCCGAGCCAUCUGAAAGAGGGAAAGGGGAUAUCUGUGAAAGGCGGGAAGAGUUCCCAUACCCAGAAAAACUGAAAGAAGAAGAGAAGGAAGAACUGCUUGAAUGGGGUAAAAAAAUAACAGGAAAAAUGGAGCAAGCCCCAAAGUAUCCAGACAUAUGUGAGCCUGAGACUGCCCCUCCCCCUAGUCUGAUAAGUACAGCAGAGCCAGGAGUCCUUCAAGAGGCAGAGGCUGACAGAGAAGAGAAGCAAGACCUUCUGUUCAGGGAACCAAGUCUGCCCAGUUCCCUCAGCUAUGAGAAGGUUGAAGUGGUGGAGUCCAUUGAGAAAUUUUCAGAUGACAGAAUUCAGAGUUACGAGGAGACAGCGAUGAUUGUGGAGACGACGAUAGAGAAGACAAGCAAGAAGAAGCCAAGUGACAAAGGCUCCUAA